GAAUGUCAGAUAAUGCUGACGCUGCUCUGUGUGCAGGACUUACUUACAGCGUGAUCAUAUUGCUAUAUACAUAUUCACCAUGAGUACUAUGUUCGCUGAUACCAUCCUUAUUGUCUUUAUAUCUGUUUGUACAGCACUGCUAGCUGAAGGUAUAACAUGGGUGUUAGUGUACCGCACAGAUAAAUACAAGAGACUCAAGGCUGAAGUGGAAAAACAGAGCAAAAAGUUGGAGAAAAAGAAGGAGACAAUCACUGAAUCUGCUGGUCGACAACAGAAGAAAAAGAUUGAGAGACAAGAAGAGAAACUCAAGAACAACAACAGAGACCUGUCUAUGGUUCGGAUGAAGUCUAUGUUUGCCAUUGGCUUUUGUUUUACAGCGUUGAUGGGCAUGUUCAAUUCUAUUUUUGACGGACGAGUGGUUGCCAAGCUUCCGUUUGUUCCAUUAUCCUACAUCCAAGGUCUUUCUCAUCGUAAUCUGCUGGGAGAAGAUUACACUGACUGCUCGUUCAUUUUUCUCUACAUUCUGUGCACUAUGUCUAUAAGACAGAACAUCCAGAAGAUGCUGGGUCUGGCUCCAUCCCGUGCUGCCACCAAGCAAGCCGGAGGGUUUUUGGGACCCCCUCCACAAGCUGCCAAGUUCACCUAAAUUUUGGACACUAGGAAAAGUUGCCAUUUUUUAGCUGCAGAAAAUGGCUCUCGGACACUCAUACACUCCCUGCACAUGAGUGAACUGUAGUAUUUAAUUGCAGCAACUGCCACUGCCUGUUGUGACCUCAGUCGAUUUAUUUUAUGUUUUGCUGUGACCUAAUGAAUUUAUUAAAGCUGUAAAUUAUUAAUGGAUUGCUCAACAGUGGUAGAUCACUUGUUUAAUUUAACAUUUUAUUUGGAUUACCUUGCAUUCAGUUUGAAAAUUUAUAACAGUUUAACAUAACCAGGCCUAAAAGGCUGAUGCAGCAGAGAAGAACAGUAUUAAGAUUAAUUGUAGCUUAUUUAUAAGUACAUGUAAUUAUUGACUCAUUAAUUAAAAUGAAACAUGUCUUAAACAGUCAGAA